AACAAAUCUAAGUUGUAAAUCGGCCUUUUCGUUAAUUGUUAAAAAUGACGUACUCUUUAAGUCCUGGUAAUCUUGAGAGAUUCAUAUCGAAAACCAAUCUCACUGACGAUUACUUUUUUGAUAAAGUAAUUGGAAGCGGCGGUUAUAGUAUUGUUCGUUUGGGUUUUGAUAAGAGAACGGGUGAGAAGGUGGCUUUGAAAAUGAUCUUUAAAGAAAAGGCAUAUUAUGGUAUGAAUCUUUUUUCUGAAGUUCAACUUCUUCGUGCUCUGGGUAAUCAUGAAAAUAUUAAUCGCGCUUACGGACUUUACGAUUUCAAGGAAUAUUACGUCAUUGUUAUGGAGUAUGUAAAAGAUGGUGAAUUGCUUGGAAUAUUAUUAAAGCACUUUGAAAAUGGAGGGAUCUACUCCGAAGCAGAAAUUGCUAUUGUUAUGUAUCAAGUUAUAAAAGCGAUUGCGCAUUGCCACAAGAAAAACGUUAUUCAUCGCGAUAUAAAACCUGAUAAUAUUUUAGUUAACGAUGAUGCUCGAAUGGGAGAACCGGGUGCUUUAAAAACUAAUCCAAUCAAAUUAUGCGAUUUUGGGAUGGCUGCCAUUCUUACAGAAAAUGGCACACUUGCAGAAACCUGCGGAACGCCGGAGUAUAUGUCUCCCGAACGCCUUCGCGGCGCGAAUUAUAAUGAAAAGUCUGAUAUUUGGUCUUCAGGCGUUCUUUUGUAUAUUUUGAUUGCUGGAAGUUUUCCUUUUUUUGGUGAAAACGUGUACGCCAUUCGAGAGAAAACAGAAAGCCUUCACUAUCCAAUAAUAAACGAACGCAUGAAAAAUAUCUCUAAAGAUUGCAUCGCUCUUAUGAACUGCAUGCUCGCUAAAAAUCCUGAAGAACGACCAUCUGCGCAAGAACUUCUGAACCAUCCUUGGCUUACUGGAAAAACAGCGAAAACCUGUGAAAUUGAGGGGGCCGUUGCUGCUUUAAGGAAGUUCAAUGCUAGAAGAAAAUUAAGAAUGUGCAUCAAUGGCGUGAUUGCGCGCAAUCGAAUGCACUUUCUUUUAAUAGCAAUAAAAGCAGAAGCGUGCUUUGUUAAGUUAACCAUUAAUGAAUCAUUUACUUUCGACGAUUUGAGACUUUUAUAUGAUAAUCUCACACAAUAUUCGGAAAAUGAAAAAUUUGUUUCUCGCGAGAAAUUUUUACAGGCCUUUGAAAAACUGGAAAUUCGUGAUAUGCAGAUUCCAAAGAAACUUUUUAAGUUGUUUGCAAAUGGAAACACUCUUCAAAUAAAUAUUCAAGACUUUUGCUUAUCUCUCGGCUCAAAACUUCAAAACUGCGACUCUCACGAACUUUAUGACUUUGCUUUUGAUAUUUUCGAUAUAAAUAAAAACGGAGGAAUCAGUAAAUAUGAAUUUUGCGAAUGCGUUAGAGGAAUUCUCUCGCAAACGGAUGAAGUCCCUUCGAAAGAAUGGCUUCUUACGGAGUUUGAAGAAGCAGAUGUUGAUAAGUCUGGCGAAUUAUCAAAAGAUGAAUUCAGAAAAGUUUGCGAAAACAAUAUAAAAUUUAAAAAAUAUUUAAAAAACUGCGAAAAGUUUCUAAAGUUUAAAAAAGACGUUUUUGAAGAAAAAGUUGCUGAAAUACGCCAUUCUUAUUCGGGAAUGCUAUUUUUAAAGAGACAAAACAAUUUACUUCAAAGAACUCUAAUAAGUAAAUUUACCGAAAGGAAUGUUUUGUACGAACCGAAAAGUAAAACCAUGAAGCUUUCAUUGGCUUAUUCCAGCCGUCAACUUCCUGUAACUAAAUCUUCCCGAAUACAUCUGAACGAUGGGGUUUUGACGGUCACACCAAAAAAGAAACCGCUAAAGUUAUUAAAAAUUUCAUUGGAUAACCCGAAUAAGUCGCGAUUUAGGUUCACAUUGCACCCUACUGACUCAAGAGGCCCCAUUUGUUGGGAGUACGCAACCCACCAGGAAGAACAGGCUUGGAUUGAUACAUUUAAAGAAACUGGUGUGAAGUUGGAUUUAUUUUCCAAGCAGAAUUAGUUUUAUAAAAAUGAUGAAAUAAAGAUGGCAAUGAGAAAUGUUGGUUUAUU